AUGCAUAAACUCGAAAUGCUCUUCAGCACCACCAGCUCUUAUACUCUUCCUCAGUUAUAUGUUGAAGAUCGCUCCAGAACUCCGUCACUACUCAGCCCUGACACACUAUCGACAAGGGAUCGACAAAUACGACUCUACUGUCAGACAAUUAUAGGAUUGGUUAGUCGACUUCAUAGUGAUUCUCUCAAUUGUAUAAUUCGCCUCCAGAAGCGUUUACAACGAAUCCUGGACAUCAAAACCCAUAUUGAUCUCACUGAGAAUGAAGCCAAAUUACAUUUCGAACAUAAUUUGCAACUAUUCAUAUGUAUGGUCGAUCAUCGUCUUCGUACAUUAGCAGUCGACUGUCCACUUCAAUACGAAUUGAUUACUAAGAAAUUGCAGUUGUUAUUGAUUGAAUGCGGAUCAGUGAAAUUCGGAAAAGCAUCGGCGGACGUCCGUGAUCUCUUCUCUAUUCUCAUCCAUAAAAGAAAUAAGGGCGACAGGGCGACAGUAAGUGCUCCCUACCCUAACUACAUUUUCCCCGAUGUUGCCAACGACGCAGCUAAUUAUGGGUAA